AUGGGAUCCGCAGAUCGUUCUGAACCCCUCCGCCUAGGCUCACUUGCCCCCAAUUUCCAAGCCCAAACCACCAAGGGCCCCAUUGACUUCCACGAGUUCAUCGGCGACAACUGGGUCAUUCUCUUCUCGCACCCGGAAGAUUUUACCCCGGUCUGUACGACUGAGUUGGGAGCUUUUGCAAAGUUGGAGCCGGAGUUUACAAGAAGAGGUGUCAAGUUGAUUGGGCUUUCGGCCAACACGAUUGACAGUCACGGAGAAUGGAUCAAGGAUAUCAACGAGAUUAGUGGUAGCAAUCUGAAUUUCCCCAUCAUCGGGGACAAGAGCAGACAGAUCGCGCUCUUGUAUGAUAUGAUCGACCAUCAGGAUGCUACAAACGUGGACGAGAAGGGCAUUGCCUUCACCAUCCGAUCCGUCUUCAUCAUUGACCCGAAGAAGGUCAUCCGGACCAUUCUCUCGUACCCUGCCUCAACCGGUCGCAACACCGCCGAAGUACUCCGAAUCGUUGACUCGCUGCAGACUGGCGACAAGUUCAAGGUCACAACCCCGAUCAACUGGGUGCCCGGCGACGACGUGAUUGUCCAUCCUAGCGUUAAGACCGAGCAGGCGAAGGAAAUCUUCCCAGAGAUGAAAAUUAUCAAGCCAUACCUUCGGACCACACCGCUGCCCAAGGAGAAGACCAGCGCAGCCUAG